UUAGUGUUGUCCUUUUUAUUUCCUCAGGUUGUCCUAAUUUUUGGCAUCGAUUUUUUUGACUGGCGAUCAUAUUGAAAGGUGGAAGCUGUGACAGUUAAAUUGUUGUUGCAUUACUGCUGAAUUUGCUUUAGCUGUCAGUGAAAUUUUCAUUCUUUAUUUGUUUGGCGAUGGCGACCAAUCCCGCCCUUCAGAAAGCCAUCGAUCUCGUGACGAAAGCAACUGAAGAGGAUAAAAACAAAAAUUAUGAAGAAGCACUGCGCCUCUACGAGCAUUCAGUUGAAUACUUUUUGCAUGCCAUCAAAUAUGGAACUCAGAGUGAGCGAGCCAGAGAGACAAUCAGAGAAAAAUGCAAACACUAUCUUGAAAGGGCUGAAAAGCUGAAAGAAUACCUUAAGAAAGGGAAAGACACAGGAAAGAAACCAGUUAAAGAUGGAGCCGCCCCAACAAAGAAAAACAAUGAUAAAGACAGCGAAUCAGAUGAGGAUGGUGAGGAUCCUGAAAAAAAGAAAAUGCAGACCAAACUGGAGGGAGCCAUUGUUAUGGAGAAGCCAAACGUCAGCUGGUCAGAUGUUGCUGGGUUGGAGGGAGCAAAAGAAGCCUUAAAAGAAGCUGUAAUUCUGCCCAUCAAAUUUCCUCAGCUCUUUACUGGCAAAAGAACACCUUGGAAAGGCAUCCUUCUCUUUGGGCCACCUGGGACCGGCAAAUCAUACCUUGCAAAAGCUGUGGCCACCGAGGCGAAUAAUUCAACCUUCUUUUCUGUUUCAUCGUCCGACUUGGUGUCGAAGUGGCUGGGUGAAUCAGAAAAACUUGUCCGCAACUUGUUCGAAUUGGCUCGCGCCCACAAACCAUCGAUCGUUUUCAUCGACGAGAUAGAUUCUCUCUGUUCAACUCGCUCAGAGAAUGAAUCGGAAUCUGCCAGAAGAAUCAAGACCGAGUUUCUUAUUCAAAUGCAAGGUGUUGGUAAAGAUCAACAGGGAAUCCUAGUCUUGGCCGCUACAAACAUCCCGUGGGUUCUGGAUUCGGCUAUCAGACGACGCUUUGAAAAACGAAUUUACAUUCCUCUUCCGGAAGAGCCGGCUAGACUUAAUAUGUUUAAACUAGCAUUUGGAGACACAAAACAUAGCCUGACGGAAGAAGACCUCCGACUGCUUUCUAAGAAAACGGAAGGAUUCUCUGGAGCUGACAUUACGAUAUUGGUGAGGGACGCUCUGAUGCAGCCCGUCAGAAAAGUCCAAUUAGCAACUCAUUUCCGACGUGUGAGGGGUCCAUCAACUGCCGAUCCGAAUGUUAUCGUUGACGAUUUACUUACACCUUGUAGUCCCGGAUCGCCUGGCGCCAUAGAAAUGAACUGGAUGGAUGUACCUGGUGAAAAGCUGUUGGAACCGCCCGUCACAAUGAGUGACAUGUUACGAUCUUUAGCCACUUCUAAGCCGACUGUUAACGAAGAGGAUCUAGUUAAAUUGCAAAAAUUCACAGAAGACUUUGGUCAAGAAGGAUAAUAACAAACUGAAUGACCAUGUGAAAUAAUGCAGUUUUGCUGUGUGGAAUGAAGUAAAUAAAAACCACUUUUUUAUCUCCACUCCUUUAAACCCACUUCUACCCCCCACAUUCAAAACCUUUCCACCCCACUACACUGAUGUAAAUGUGAUUCUCUUUAUUUCCCUACUGACCGUUUGGGAUUGCAGAAAUGGUCGGAUUAUAGGAGAAAUUGUUGAAUCCGUCAAGCUCCUUCAAAACAAGUCCAUUUACAUGUUAUUUGCAUACUUUUUUUUGCUUCUUUUCGCGACCAUUAGAAGGUAUGAAAUGAAUGGAAAACUCUCCCAUAAUCGAAAAGAAUUGGUCAGUUAUUUGUAAAAUUGAAAUACAUGCUUCUGAAGUCCA